UACAAAGAGGAAACGGAAAAAUAAUCUAAUAGGGUUAUAGGAAGCUAUUAGCUGUUAUAGAGUAUAGGCAUGCUGGUGUAAGACUGUCAUGGCAGAGUUUAAGUGCAAUUACCAUUAAUCCUCCCACAAGCCAACCAGCUGGCUGUCAAGGCAUCUGCUAUACAAUUCCCACAAUAGAAGCACCAUAGUGCCAGCCCUACUACAAAAGGUCCUGCCUGACUGUUGUUGUUGGCCUGAGAUAAGUGUAACUGACUUGCAGCUCCGUGGGUGGUGGUGUGGAGUAGUCUGUUCUGUUCUGAAAAGUUCUACGCCUGCUAGGCGGUGCGAAGUAAAGGCAUAAUGUUGUGGUUGCAUUAAUAACAAUCAUCAUUGUCAGCUGCAGAUUUUGCUGUGGCAAGGAUCAACGUCAGCCACAGUUAUAACAACAGAAGCGCGAGCAACCACAUUAUCUGGGGUUAUUAAAAAGGACAAAAGAAUGCAGAAAAUCUAAUUUGCGACACGGCAAAUUUUAUGACACUUUAAGCAACAGCGGGGUGAUUUAAAGAAAACAAAAAUAUAAACAACAGCACAAGAGUGGCAGAGAGAGAGAGGAAGUCGAGAGCAUCAAAGGACAACAGUUUCCUUGAAUGCUUAAUAAUCUCCUUAACAAGGCUAAGCAGAAGAAAACCCUCAAUUUGUAGAAACCUCCUCUCUACCCCAGAGCACUGUCUUACUUUGGUUUUUGUAAUGUGGCGCGAUAUAUUUUUAUAUUUAACGCUCAUCGUUUUAUUUUUCUUUAUUUUCCUGGCCCAGUUAAUCGUCAAUGUUUAUGCAUUUCAACGACAGCCACCGGUGCCCAAGCCCAAUUCGGACCGUAAUGAUAUAAUUUUCGUUUAAAGGCCAUAACAAAAUGUACCAACAGCAGCAGCAGUAGCAGAAACCACAAAUUCUUGCAAGACCCACACAAAAGAAAAAAAAAACAACAACAGCCAGUGAGGCUUUAAAACAGAGACGGCUAAAGAGACCACACUCACACACACCAACAUACACAAAAUAAUGAAAUUAAAACGUAGGAAAAAGUUUAAGGUCCAGCCAGCCCUAAGCUAUGGCGCUGGCUGUGGCUGUUGCGGCUCCAAGCGGAACAUGAGCAGGCAGUACUGGGACUUGAUUUACUCAAAAGGUGUGUAAAGUUUGUCGACAUUUUGACUAAACUGUCAAAAAAGCCACCUCAUUUUGCUGAACACAUUAGAAAUUAUUAUUUCAUAAAGUCCUUAAAAAAAUUCAAAACUCAUGAUGAGUUUCGCUCGAGAGCGGGGACACUCCGCCCUUUAGUACAUCAACUCGAAUGAUAUGAAAGCGAAAGCAGACCAACUUGUUUCCGUUUUCAAAUGCCUAAUUAAAUGUGUGUGUGUGCGUGUGUACUGUAAGACUCAAUGAGAGAUAAGGUGAUAAACAGAACGGGAGAGAGAGAGAGAGAGUGAGUGGAGUGUAAGAGCCAUCUAUCUGCGGGAAUUCAAAUCUCCUUAAGUGUAACUGUAAGAGAAGUUUUUUCCGCU